AUGAGUCCCGAAUCAUACUGCAAUGGGAUGGGUGCAAUCAAGGGAUUAUCAUUCAUGGAUGCCAAUAAUCUGGAAGGAACGCUUCCACCAGAGAUUUCAUUGCUUGGCCAUAGUUUGCAGUUUCUCAUAUUCAAUCGACAACUGGAGCUGAGGGGGGGUAUCCCAACAGAGAUUGGACAUCUUACAAAACUGACUGAAUUAAUUUUGAGUACCACAGGGCUCUCUGGCACUCUUCCAACAGAGUUUGGUCUACUGAGAGUUCUUGACUAUCUUGUGAUUGCGCACAAUGAAAUGGUAUUUGGGACAAUCCCUACUGAGCUUGGCAAUUUAUCCAACCUCACACGUUUCCAGCUCGUCAAAUCAAAUCUGACAGGAUCGUUCCCCAAAGAGUUUUUAAAGUUGAAACAGCUGGAAGUGUUUUAUCUUGAUAAUAGCCCUGGACUGGACACUGCAUCUGUUCUCCCAGAUGUUGUUGGCAACAUGCACCAGCUGGAAUGUCUCAGCUUGGUGAGCAGGACUUUUGGAGAAGCGAUGCCUAUUCCAUCCCAGAUUGGCUUUCUUAGAAACAUGUCCUAUUUAAUGUUGAAAAACUGGAAGAUCAUUGGAACAAUACCAGCUGAGCUUGGUGGUUUGACAAAGUUGGAAUCUUUGACCUUGCCUGGCAACUCGAUCACUGGGACUUUGCCCGAAGAUCUUUUUGCAUUGACUCAUCUGUUCAGUUUAAAACUUGGCUCUAACAAGAUGGAGGGAACACUUCCACCUGAUCUCUUUUCAAAGCUCAGUUGUCUACAACAACUGCACAUCAAUGACAAUGAGUUCAUUGGUUCUAUUCCCACAGAAGUGGGUCUACUUUCAAGUCUGAAGAAGCUAGAAAUGCGCAAUACAAAUCUAUCAGGUACAAUUCCAACAGAGAUGCUUGCUCUGGAUGACUUGACAAGCUUGGUAGUGGCAAAUGCAUCCUUGUCAGGCAGCAUCCCUGAAAGACUAUGUGGCAAACUGGAUCCACAGCAGUUGAAGUGUUUUGGUGGACAGUGCUACCAAGUGAAGAGUGAAAUUCCAGUAUGCCAGGGAACCUCUCUUUGUGGUUGUGACUGCGUUCCUUGCGAGUAG